CACAGCCGGCUGGGCUAAGGAACACGGUUUUGGCAUGAUUCCCACUACUGGUAAUAGUGGUACACUGUGUCUAGACGAUCGGUGCAACGUCUCAGUUCGGGCGAAAUCCAACCUGCAGCUGCCGUCUCUUCCCCGCGGUCGCUGAGGCCAGGAUAGCCUAGCCACUCGCGCGCCGGUGCUCGAAGAGACCCGAGCAGGAAAAACAGGCUGGAGAACCUUCUGCCGGGAACCGCCUUCCCUCCCCUAGCGCGGAAGUGAGAAGCGGAGCUGCGGACGCCGGGGCUUUUCAAAAACCCGGACUGCCGGGAGUAGGCGGUCCCUGGAACCGGAAGGUGGUCUGGCCUCCAGAAACCGUACGUUCGAGAGGCCAGAGGCCGCCAGGAACCGUAGCUCCCCGGAACCCGAAGGAGGACGGACCGCCGGAAGCCGUAGCUUCCGAGCCGGAAGGAACCAGCUCGCCAGAUACCAAUAGAUCUGACCGACAGGGGCCGUGGGGAACUUGACUUCUCUGGAAAGCAGAGAACCGAGCCAGUGGCAUGGCGGGCCUGGAACUCCUGUCGGACCAGGGCUACCGGGUGGAUGGGCGACGCGCUGGGGAGCUGCGCAAGAUCCAGGCACGGAUGGGCGUGUUCGCGCAGGCGGACGGCUCGGCGUACAUUGAGCAGGGCAACACCAAGGCGCUGGCCGUGGUCUAUGGACCGCACGAGAUUCGGGGCUCCCGCUCUCGGGCCCUGCCUGACCGUGCCCUAGUGAACUGUCAAUAUAGUUCAGCAACCUUCAGCACAGGUGAGCGCAAGCGAAGGCCUCACGGAGACCGGAAGUCCUGUGAGAUGGGCCUUCAACUACGUCAGACCUUUGAGGCAGCCAUCCUCACACAGCUGCACCCACGCUCCCAGAUUGACAUCUAUGUGCAGCCCCUGAGAGGGGUGGUUUCUCUGCAGGUGCUGCAGGCAGAUGGUGGAACAUAUGCAGCCUGUGUGAAUGCAGCCACGCUGGCAGUGCUAGACGCUGGGAUACCCAUGCGGGACUUUGUGUGUGCGUGCUCAGCUGGCUUUGUGGACGGCACAGCUCUCGCAGACCUCAGUCAUGUGGAAGAAGCAGCUGGUGGACCCCAGCUAGCCCUGGCCCUGCUGCCAGCCUCAGGCCAGAUCGCACUACUUGAGAUGGAUGCCCGGCUGCAUGAGGACCACCUAGAGUGGGUGCUAGAAGCUGCUGCCCAGGCUGCCCGAGACGUGCAUACGCUGCUGGACCGAGUGGUCCGACAGCAUGUGCAUGAAGCCUCUAUCUUGCUGGGGGAUUAAUUACCUGGCCACCUAGAAGAAUAAAGCCCUUUUUUCUUUCAACA